AUGCCGGUCAAAUCCCGCUUCACACGGUUGGAUGCAUUUGCCAAAACCGUGGAAGAUGCGCGAAUCCGGACAAGGUCAGGAGGCGUCGUCACCAUCGUCUCAUUGAUCGUGGUCAUUCUUUUAGUAUGGGGAGAAUGGAGGGAUUACAGAAGGGUUGUAGUGCUUCCAGAGCUGAUUGUAGACAAGGGGAGAGGGGAACGGAUGGAAAUUCACCUCAACAUAACCUUUCCUCAUCUACCUUGUCAGCUUCUUACACUCGAUGUUAUGGAUGUCUCCGGCGAGCAACAAAGCGGCGUCAUUCACGGAGUCAACAAGGUCCGUCUGAGCGCCGCGUCCGAAGGUGGCCAUGCACUUGAUGUGGAGACAGUAGACCUCGACAAAAAAGACCAAGCUCCAUUGCACCUGGAUCCAGGAUACUGCGGCUCCUGCUAUGACGGCAUCCCUCCGCCAAAUGCAAAGAAGCCUGGAUGCUGCAACACCUGCGACGAGGUGCGAGAAGCUUACGCCUUGCGCAACUGGGCUUUUGGGAGAGGAGAAGGUGUCGAACAGUGCGAACAGGAGGGCUACGGCUCGAAGAUCGACUCCCAGAGGAACGAAGGCUGUCGGCUCGAGGGCAUCCUUCGGGUCAACAAGGUCGUCGGGAAUUUCCACGUCGCCCCCGGCCGCAGCUUCACAAACGGCUACAUGCACGCCCAUGAUCUAAAAACCUACUACGAGACCCCCGUGAAGCACACGAUGUCCCACAUCAUCCACCAGCUUCGCUUCGGUCCGCAGCUCCCCGACGAGCUGUCUCAGAAGUGGAAAUGGACCGACCACCACCACACCAAUCCGCUAGACUCCACCUCUCAAACCACCGAAGAUCCGAAAUUCAACUUCAUGUAUUUUGUUAAGGUGGUCUCGACGUCCUACCUCCCUCUGGGCUGGGACGCUUCUCUCUCCUCCGAGGUGCAUUCGCGCCUCUCGUCCGACGCCCCGCUCGGCAAGCAAGGCAUCCAGCUCGGGCAAUACGGCAGUAUCGAAACGCACCAGUACUCCGUGACCUCCCAUAAGCGCUCGAUAGAAGGUGGAGACGACUCCGCAGAAGGCCACAAGGAGCGCGUGCACACGGCAGGAGGGAUUCCCGGCGUGUUUUUCAACUACGACAUCUCCCCCAUGAAGGUCAUCAACCGUGAGGCGAGAACGAAGAGCCUUUCUGGAUUUCUAACGGGCGUGUGUGCAGUUAUUGGCGGCACCUUGACGGUUGCCGCUGCUGUUGAUAGAGCUCUAUACGAGGGAUCGGUGCGGGUGAAGAAGUUGCAUAAGAGCUGA